CACCUCUCACUCGCACAAUCCACACAAGCCAAAGGGCAGGCUUCUUGGCACUGAGCUCUCGCGUCGGUCCUCAGAUGUAUGCGGGCGCAACGAGCAGUGCGGGUCUGAUCAGAAAUGUCGGCGACAGCGCCUCUGUCGCCUCAGCACUCGCCUCACAGUCCUAUGCUUAGCCUCUCGCCGCUCGGCGUGCAUGCUAAAUUGCCAACACCUCCUCACGCUACCCAAGCCCUCGAGGUCUUGUCAUCCUCAUUCAACUUUCCCGAGCCGCCCAGUCGAUUAUUCAGAGAUGGGUUCGGCUCCGCUCGCUCUUCGCCCAGGACCAGUCGGGCGGGUAGUCCGCCGCCGCCGACGAUGCGGAAGAAGAGGAGUCCGAGGAACAGCGCGAAGCGCUUGACGCAGGAGUCUGCAAAGGCUCGCCCCCCCAUGCCUGAUCUGCCCUCCCCUGCUCAAAACGACUUUCCAGCUUCGGCAAUCUCGGCGCCCACCUCACCUGCCAACUCAUCAGCACACCCCUCUUCGCAGCCUCUUGGCGUGUCAGGCAACCGCCCUAGCCACAGCAGCGCGCCUCCAGAGCAGUCCAGGUCAGCGCCAACCACGCAGCAUCCACACGCGCACAUACAGGCAGCCAAUUCUUCCGAUGUUUCCUCUGCGAGGCUUGAGCAUGCGCUUGGGAAUGCGGAAUACGCGAGCGACGCAGGAGUCGUCGCGCAAGAAGCAGGAGGGCUGGGAUUGCACAUGGCAGAGGCGGUGGAGGCCGACGAAGGAGAUGUGGAGCAACGUCUCUCCUUCCUGAGUGGAAGUGGCCAGAGGCAAUCUGCCGUACCAGCUUCGCAGCGAGUGUCGAGCGGUUCAAGCAUUUAUUCGGAUCAGCAAGAGUACCUGGCUCAAGAGGGGGAUGAGACCGGCGAUGGUAGCGCUGGCGGGCUCAGUCUGUCGAGUGACAGCGACUCGUACAUGCCCGUGACGCCAGCUACGCCGGGUCAUUCAUUCAGCUCUUCCUUCUCGACCUCGUCCACUUGGCGACCGCGCGAGCUCACCCUGGCACGCGCGGAUGCGCAAAGUGAACGAGAGCGCUCUUUGGCCGGUCUUGCUCUUAACCCGCGCUCCGCCUCGCCGAUGAUGUCCCCCUGGUCCUCUUCAUCCACAAUUGGUGUUCCGCGCGAUAGACUUUCACCAGCGCCAGGAGCAUCUUCACCAUCUCAUCUGCGAGGCGUAGCCGGCAGUUCUUCUGCAAACACGAGCCUCAGCAGCGGUGGUGGCCACAAUAGCGGUGCUGCAGGCACUCGAGGCCUCAUGCUCGCUUCAGCAGCGGCUCCUCCAAACUCCGCGCGGAAUUUCCCACCUCUAGCCCUGGCACUUCCUACUUCGACAGGUGCUACUGCCACCGACGCUGCUCCGCCGCGAUCUUCGCCGUUGGCACCCAGAAGCAGGUUUGUGAGCGCUCCUGGCGCAGCUCUGACCAGUCAGGCUCCGCUUCGAAGUCCACUUCCUGUGCUCUCGCGCGGACCGGCAUUUCCGCCUGCUCGAGAUGCGACUCUGGAAAGCAUGGCUGCUGAGCGCGUGCCCAACGAGGAUCUGGGAGCACUACAGGCCAUGCUACCCCAUCGACGGCUUCUGAGCGGGUCGAGCGCAAGGCUAUUGAGCCCUGCGCUACACAGCGCGAGUGCGCAAGGCGUCAUCAGUCCCAUAGCUUCCAAGCCUAGCUGGGAGAAACCUUUUGGAGAAGCACGCAGCGCCAGCAGCGACUCGCAGUAUGGGAACGAAGCGCGGCCAAUGGAUCCGGAGGCGUUUGUCGCUGCUAUGCAGGCGGCCUCGGCCGCCGAAGUGGCGGCAGCUUUGGAAGCGAGGAAGCAGCUGCGAAGUACCGCGUCGGCGAGCCAGCUUGCAGAAGAGGUCAAAUCGGCCCCUUCUGCGCGUCCGCAAAUGCCAACGAGAUCCCGAUCGCAGUCCUUUUUGCGCUCCUCAUCGAUGACGCGUCGGAGAGCACCACCGCCUCCCCCACUGUUGCUCGCCACUGCCCCUUCGAAUCCUGACAUGGCCGGAGCAAUCAGCAAGGACACGUCUGCGCCGACGACGAAAGAUUCGACGCUCGACGCCGCCUCGAGCAGCGUGGUGCCUGACGACACUCUCGAAGCGGCGCAGGAAAGUCCAGAAUUCGUCACUGCGCCUGGCAUCUCCUCGUCCCCCAGCUUCGAGAUGAUUACCCAUAGCGCAGGGGAUCAGGAUCAGGGCCAGAGUCGGAAUCUUCUGGCACCCCUCAGCUUGCCCCUCGCUGGAAGCGCUUCUCCCAUGAGCGCCGCAUUCCACACCCCGCUUGCCAGCCCAGCCAAUAUGCCCUCGCCAGAAUCCGAGUCUCGAUCGCUGGAUGAUUCCUUGAUGAUGGCUGUCGUGGAGGCUCAGAUCGACACUGCCAUUGUGGACCCUCUUGCGGAAGCUGGGGACGAUAUCGCCAUGCCCCAGACCUCGAGAGUGGAGGAGGAGCACAUCACUGCGGAUGCCCCGGACGAAGCCCUAGAGGUUUUGGUGGAUUCGCCAUUGCAGACACCCUCAAACGAGCUGACUGCUGAUCCGAGAGCAGAGUCGCGCGAGAGUGCAAGGGCUUUGGGAGCUAGCAGCAGUCUGAGCGUGCGGCCUGGAUCGUUGGAACAACCCAACACGGCUUACUUUGACUUUGAUAGCGACAGCAGCGACGCGCCUGAAGGUAUACGCGAGCCGAUGAUCUUCAGAAAGAUGAAGACCAGGAGCACGGUCCAGGAGAGCGAGCCGGAGCCGGAGCCUGAGCGGGAGCAGAUGCAGCGUUUGUCGGUGGCAGAUGUCAGGUCGAGCUUGACCUCUGGGUCGGAAGCAGCGGACGCUGCGGAGAGCGCGUUGGGAGGGAGAGCGUUUAGCGAGGCGGAGGCUGCGUCUGCUCGUGAAUCAACGGCGGGUCUGAGUCUGAGCGCAAAAUCAGAUGAAGCAGCUGGUGCAGCGCCGUUCGAAUUUGACGAUGCCGAUGCAGAAUCGGGAGAUCACGAGAGUGUAGCCGUUAUGCGCCGGUCCUCGUCUUGGGGUAAUUUGGAGCCUUUUGAGGAGCGCAGAGUCUCGUCGCCCAACAGUUCGGUGCAGGGACGAACGUCGAUACCGCCAACGAUCAGCUUCAGGACUUCCAUCUUCAAGCAUCUCGACCCCAAAGGCGCUUCUGGACCGAAAGGGGCACCGGAGGCUCGGGCGGAUAUUUCUCCGUUUGACACUGACGGCGGCGAUGAAGAUCCGCUGGUGAAGGCAUCUUCAAGACCAAGUGCGGCCGUCACGACGGAAGAUGUGCUUGCUGAUAUGCUGUCAAGAAAUCAAGAAGUUCGCAUCUCUCACCGAGUCGAACCUUCGAAGCUUGCCAGAUCGUCUUCGCAGGUCGCGCCCGCAGGACCACCGCCGUCCGAACCUUUGCCCGCGCCACCACCCGGAAGUUCAUUGCGUCGCUCGAGCCGAUCGGUCGGCAGAAUGUCGCGCGCGGAGCGAACUAGUCUUGCCGCCACUUCGCAGCCGCAAGCGGAACCGACCAAAAUGCCCCAGACUGCUCCUUCGCGUCCGAAGCGGCCCAGCGGCGUCGAGCUUGAACAACUCGAUCUGCAGCCGAGCCCCAUGCCAAACUUGGUGCCCAGCACAGAGCCACUGCCACAGGGCAGGUGGAAAGCUGAUGCGCACCUUCCUUUGGCCUCAGGGGCAAGUCCCGAGAGACCUGUUCAUGGAGCUGAAGGUAGGAGUCAACCUCUCAGAUCACGCUCUCGUCCCAACCUCACGGUGCGCACAAAUUCGGAAGCUGUGGAACAGGCCGAAAACCUGCAGGCCCGCCCACGGCCACCUGUCCCUAGGUCAAAGGCGAGCCUCGUACCAGAGGUGCCUAGCUUUGGCUACAUGGGCCCUUCGACGCCUCUCGACUCGGCGAUGAUGUCGCCGACGAGCGGAGCCGCCGGGCCAUUCAGCGCCUUCUCGAGCAGCUCAUUUUCUGAUCGGUCCACCUUUGAGCCAACGUCUAGCCGAUGGAGCUCCGGUUCAGAUUCCGAAGCAGAAGCGAGCAAGCUGGCUGCGCGGAAAGCUGCGGCAAAGAGCAAGAAGGCUGCAAAGGGCCCGCAGCUCACGAGUCGGACGAGCAGCUCGAGCUUGGGCCAAGGAUCAAUGGGUCCCCCUCCUACGCCGGUCAAAAAGUCUAGCUUCUUCUCUGGACUUGGUCUGCGCAAAAAGAGCCUGACAAAUGCUGCAGCUGGCGCUGCUGGUGUUUCGCCUGCCAGCUCCGUCGGUGCACCAUCGCCGAGAGUCAUGGAUGCCGCAAGCGAGUUCCCUUUCCCUGCCAGCACUGGACCUUCGCCCUCGGUGGCGGCCUCUGCUGAAGGUGCACGCACGAGCACAAGCUUGCACUCCCGAAAUCGUGGAGGUUCCACCUCGUCCAGAGCGUCCAACACGACUAGCAUUGGUCAGUCCUUGACGAAUCGUCCGUCGUUGGCCAGUUUGCGAUCGAUCACCAGCUACGAUCCCAGUCGACGUCCUUCUGUCAGUGCCGAGUCCUUUGCCAGCCCAGCAAUCAGUGGUCCGCCUUCUCCCGCCCUGGAAGGAAUGCCGCGAGGCUUCGAUUCUGUCCAUCGCCGUCCAUCCAACACUGGACUCGGCAUCGAUAUGAAUGGCAGCUCAUCGAAUGGCCCUUCAGAGCCUUCUGUGCGCGCAUCGCAAGGCCUCAGAUCUGCCCGAGCUUCUUUGAACAGCUUGCGAGCAUCCAGAGAUCUGGCGGUCAUCCGCGCUAGUGGCGAGAGCGACGAAGACCUCGCUGCUUCUGCCAUGUCACCCAAAAGUACACGUCGGAGGUCCCAAACCAUCGCUGCAGGUGAUGGUAGGAUGUCCAAUCGCGCUUCGAGACAGACGCCCUUGUCGAGCAUCGAAUCUCCGUCUAAAACCGCUGAAGGAGGCAACAGGGUCAGGGAAACUGAUGCGGCGACGGACGAUCUUGACGACACGCCCCGCGUAGCCUACGCUUCUCUGCCCGGCUCGCGCAGGGAAAGCGUCACCAGCCCCUCUGUUGCGCGCGCGAACGCCAAGCGUUACUUCGAGACGGAUCACGAGGCUCUGGACGCCUUGGGCUCACGAUUGUAUCAAGCGGGCGCAGGCGAUGCAGAAAGUCAGACUGGGACUGCGCCCAACAGCCCAACGGUGCCGUCGCGCGUAUCGUCCAUUCGCCGACAUGAACGAAGCGGCAGCAAGGGCAGGCAGAGCCCUAGCCCUUCUCUAUUGCGUCACUCCCCCAGCGGCUCUUUGUUGCGCCACUCUCCAAGUCCAAGCUUGACUCGCAGCAUCAGCGCAUCAUUGCUGCGCGCCAUGAGUCCCGAGGUCCAGCCGUCUCCGCCACCCCGAACCACUUCCAAGCCGAAGAGGUUGAUCGAGAAGUACAAUGGCACCGCACUGCCUCAUUAUCCUUCGCUCACAGAUUUAGGCCGAGCGUGGGUAGCGCAGCAUCCAAAUGAACCGUUGCAGGCGGCUAGUGGCCCGCGAAUGAUGGCACGGAUAUUGGAUGGAGUUUCCAAGCGGCGCCAGCAUGCUGGCUCGGGUAGCAAGACGCCAUCGGACGCUAGCACCGAUGACUAUGGCUCAAGUGAUGGCGGUGGUGCUGGAGAUCACACGAAUUCGAUUCGCAGCAACGGCCACGGGUCUGCUCCUCAACGAGGAGGCGACCAGGCUGGAGGCGGUGGAGGAGACGAUCCGGACGGUAGACGCAAUCAGCAAAGUCGUGCGGAUAGUCACGUUGACAAUGCGAAUGGCAGCGACGAGUCAGAGGAUGAGAGCGAUGACUAUGGCUCACAAAGCGAUGAGGAUCUAGCGCUUGGCGAUGCUUUGGGAGCCGGUCACAUUUUGGGGAGCAGCAGCCAGAGCGCUGGCUCGAGCCGCUCGGAAUCGUCGGAUGACGUUCCGCUGGGAGACCGCGUGGGCAACGCUGCUGCACUUCAGAAGCGUCUUCAGGAUCAAGAACGCAAAGCUCAGAUUCAAGAUGCUCGCAAUGCUCUUGAACGAGGAGGUGUCAAGGCGACAAGCUCUGGAAAAGCUCGUCGUCCACGACGAGUCGCGCCAGUGCCAGAAAGAGCUCCUGAUGCCGGACCGCUGAAUGCGCUCGACUUGAUCGGACGUCUACAGCGGGUGCAGAUGCAGAGAGGCGGCGAUCAAGCUACAGCAGCAAACGAUCAGAAUCUUGUAGCAAGCCAAUCGAUGCCUUCCAACGCUGCCCGAAGACCAGAAGCUCGCGAGGAUCCGCACGGGCCUCAAGCACACCUCUUGGCACAUCACGGUCUACCGGGACCUUCUCAAGCGCAACGUCGACCCUCGCCUAGACAACAAACGAUGCCUUUGCCAGCGGUCUCCGCCCCUCAUUUGCGUGGAGGUGCGACUCGAAAUGGCAGCAGCGAGUCAGCGGGUCGACCUGCUCAGGCACGUCCCUCUCUUGGGUCCAGCGAGUCUCAACUACGCGCGAUGAUGAUGGCAACGUCUCACCCGGCGCAAUUCGAUCCACAGCGGCGGCCCAGCCUGCAUCCUUCUGAUCAGCAGCAGCAGAGAGAUUUCAGACCGCCCGUAGCGACGAUGAUGAUGAUGCCUUCUUCCGGCAGCUCUUCAGGGAACUCCAGUCCUCGCUUUCCACCGAACGACCAUCAGCUGCAGCUAUCCAGUAGGAUGGCUGCUGUCAUCGAUCAAGGCCACAACUUUUCGGCCCCGUUGCCGCCAUACGCUCGUCAGGGCACGUCACCGAGGCUCGGUGGAUCUGCUCCUCUACGGCCCAUGCACUCUGCUGGCGCGGCUGGCCAGCCUGAAGCCCGCGAAGAUGCGGUUACACAAGCGAGAGCUCGCGCAAGGAGCGUGUCGAGAGCUAGGCCGCCGGCGACGGCCAUAGACACUAGAGUUGCGCCUCCGAUGCCAGUGCCGGCUCUGCUCGGCCGCGCUGUACCACCCCCCGCGCAAGAAGUCUCUCCACAGAAGCAAGCCAUUCCGAUUGGCGGCCCACUCAGCGCCUUGUCCCGCUCUUCCAACGAACCGCGCAGCUCGAGCGAGUCGCCUUCGACGGGGCUCGAGCGGGCGAUCACUGCAGCUGUUCCCUCUACUGUCGCAACUGCGCACCUCGUGCAGCAUCGCGUCUACAUCAAUACGCGCCAGCGCUUUGGGACUGCGCAGAUCCUGCCCAACGCUCGCGCUCGAGAUUUGAUGUUGGACAUUGUGGAGAAGGAGCAUGUGCCGACAGAAGAGGCUGCCGGUGGCGGUGGCGGUUGGGUCAUCUUUGACUGCUCGCCGACUCACAGUAUUGGUGAGGUGCACAAUGUCCUUUCACGCAAGCCUAAGCGAGAUCUGAUACCUCUGACCCUUUCGCGCGCCCUUUCAGAGAGACCUAUGCGCGAAUACGAAUCGGUGGCUGAAGUCGUCGACUCGAGGCCUUCGCCAGACUGCUACUUUUUGUUGAAGCGCACAGAGCUAGCACCCUUUGCGAGCGUUCGUGCGGUGCCACCAAGCCUUCCCUUGUUGGCUGGCUACGUCUACGUCCAGGAUCACAAGAAAAAGUGGACCAAGCGCUGGCUCGAGCUGCGCGAGCAUUCGUUGUUCCAUGCCAAGUCGGAAAAGGGCAAGGACGAAGUGCUGAUCUGCACGCUGAGCACGUUCGACGUCUAUCUGGUCGACAGCGCCAAGUACAAGGCACCGAAAGCGCACACCUUUGCGGUCCGAAGCCAGAAUCACAUUUCGCAAUUCGAAAAGCCAGAGCUGGACUAUUGUCACUACUUUAGCCUUUCGGAUCCACUGGCUCAUCGGCAUUGGUAUCGAGCACUCUACACGAGCCGAAGCUAUAUGCUGAGGCAAGAGCGUCCGCAGCUCUUCUCGCCGCCGCCUCGGGCCGCGGCGCCAUCUGCGCCUAGUCCAGCAACCAAUACGACGAAUGAGGGCCUGAAGGCAGCAUCAGCGGCGGCGGCGGCGGCGACUACUCUCGGAGUGUCGCGCAACACGAGCAUCAAUGAUCGUUCAGCAUCCUCGGCGCAACGAAGAAUACCUGCACGAGGAGCAACGACGGAUGACCGCAGCCCAUCUCACCGUCCUGAAGGCAGCAUCAGUGGUCAGAGCGCAGCGUCCGCCUCCGCAUCCGUAUCAGCCGCAGCCGCAGCCGCAGCUGCAGCAGCGCCAGCUCCGCUCAUCGGACGUGAUGCAUUGAGCACCGGUCCUUUUGAAAAGGGAAGCUUGCUAGCUGCGGCGGCGCAGAACCAAGCGCAGAGCGAACAGAUCGAUCUGAGCCUGCACGAACGCACCCGGGCUAGACAGGUCGAAGCUGCACGAAAGGCGGAGCUGGCUGAAAGGACGCGAAGAGCUAGAGCUGCUGGUCAACCGCUGAUUGGCGUGCCCACCUCUCGGGCGACGUAGCCAGCGCUUCACGUUUCACGCCCCCAGCAGUCAACAGCACGCGGCACUUGCCCUCUCUUUUCUUCCGUUGCGAUGCGUUGUUCCUAGUCACGAAGAGCCUU